CCUUUCUUUCUCUCUCUUCUCUCCCCUCCACUCUUCCUUUUAUAUGAAUAUAUAUCUAUACUUUUAUUCAUAUGUACUAGUUCUAAUCCAUCAUGCAUUCAUCAUCCUCACCUCAUUUUCAUCGCAUUCCUCUCUUUUUUUUAAUCCAAUUUGUUCCAUUCUCAUGUUAAUUUCUCCGCCCCCUCGUCACAAUUGAAAUCAUUCCAGCUUUUUCCUUGAUGGGUUUUAGCUGUCUCCUCGUGAUCCGUGCACAGUGCUCUUGUCUUUUGAUGCCGUGAUUCGCAGUGGAAGAGUGGCUUUUUGCGUACCCAUUUGCUGAAUUCCGAGGAAACUGUUUCUGGGUUUUUGUCAGGAGUUGGGAAAGAGUUGAGCUUGUGAAGUCGUGGUUUGAUCCAGAAGAGCGUGCUUCCUGGAUAGUGGAUACCCAUUUGUAGAAUUCCUGGGUUUUCUCGGGAAAGCUCGUGAAGUGGGUUUCGUGCUUUGAUCCAUUCUUUCACGGUGGAAGAGAGUUUGUCUGGGUACCCAUUUGCUGAAUAAUUCUCCCAGUGUCUGUUUUCUGGGAAAAUUGUUUCCGUCUUUUCCUCGGGAGUUAAAGAAUGCUUUGAUCCAUAGAGUGGUUUUUUUUUUUUUUUUUUUUGAUACCUAUUUGCUGAAUUCUUCUCUCCAUGUUUGAUUUCUUGGAAAAUUGUUUCUGGGUUUUUCUCAAGAAAGCUUGUGAAGCGGGUUUCAUGCUCUGGUGAGGAAAAGUAAGGUUAUUGCUGACCUUACUGUCAGUCUAGAAAUAAGACAAAAUUCUUGAGCUGUUCAAGACUUGAGCUUUUGAUCAAUGGGGGAAGGCUUGUGACGACAAUGGAUCCACAAGCUUUUAUCAGGCUGUCAAUUGGUUCAUUGGGGUUGAGAAUUCCUGGACCAGCUCUGAAUGCUGCAAAAUCUGGAAUUCAUGCAGUCCCCUCUCCAUGUUCAUGUGAGAUCCGUCUUCGAGGUUUUCCGGUACAGACAUCAUCAGUCCCCUUAGUAUCAUCUCCUGAAGCUACUCCAGAUUCUCAUAGCAUUGCGUCAAGCUUUUAUCUUGAAGAAUCUGAUCUGAAAGCAUUGUUGGCUCCAGGAUGUUUCUAUGCCCCUCAUGCAUGUUUGGAGAUUGUUGUUUUCACAGGGCGGAAGGGUUCCCAUUGUGGUGUUGGCAUCAAAAGGCAGCAGAUUGGGACAUUUAAGUUGGAGGUGGGUCCUGAAUGGGGUGAAAAGAAGCCAGUGAUUCUUUUCCAUGGUUGGAUAGGAAUUGGCAAGAACAAGCAGGAGAGUGGGAAACCCGGAGCAGAACUACAUUUGAGAGUGAAACUGGACCCUGAUCCAAGAUAUGUUUUCCAGUUUGAAGAUGUGGCCACAUCAAGUCCUCAGAUAGUUCAGCUUCAAGGCACCAUCAAGCAGCCUAUUUUCAGUUGCAAGUUUAGCCGAGACAGGGUAUCCCAGGUCGACCCAUUGAGCGCCUAUUGGUCAGGUUCUGCUGACAGUUCUGAGCAAGAGACUGAGAGAAGGGAGAGGAAAGGUUGGAAGGUGAAGAUACACGACCUCUCUGGCUCGGCUGUUGCAGCAGCCUUCAUAACCACUCCCUUUGUGCCAUCAACAGGUUGUGAUUGGGUUGCCAGGUCCAACCCAGGAGCUUGGUUGAUCGUUCGCCCUGAUGCUUGCAGGCCUGAGAGCUGGCAGCCCUGGGGAAAGCUUGAAGCAUGGCGUGAGCGUGGCAUCAGAGACUCCAUUUGUUGCCGUUUUCACCUUCUCUCUGAAGGCCAGGAUGGAGGCGAGCUUCUCAUGUCCGAGAUUUUCAUCAAUGCUGAAAAGGGCGGGGAGUUCUUCAUAGACACCGACAGACAAGUCCGUGCAGCAGCAACAACUCCAAUCCCAAGCCCACAAAGCAGCGGCGACUUUGCAGCACUGGCUCCAGCCGUAGGGGGGUUCGUCAUGAGCUGCAGAGUACAAGGGGAAGGGAAGAGCAGCAAGCCUCUGGUUCAGCUGGCCAUACGGCACAUCACUUGUGUGGAGGAUGCUGCCAUCUUCAUGGCACUGGCUGCAGCUGUUGAUCUCAGCAUAGAGGCAUGCAGACCCUUCAGGAGGAAGUUCAGGAGGGGGAACUGCCAUUCUUUAUGAAAAUGUACUCUAGUUUUACAUAUAAAAUAUAUGGAGAAAAGGAGAGAUUUGGAUGAAGAAAGAAUGACUGGGUUUUUCCUUUGAUUGUUGUAACAUUCUGACUUGUACAGGAUCUUCUGGUUUAAACUAAUUUAUUCAGUAGGAGACAUUUCUGCAAA